AUGUCGAGUGCCUUUUCCGCCGAUACUCCUGCACUCAACUUCAUCCAGACGUCCACACACUUAUCCUCUGAACCCUUCGAUCUAGUGACAGUCACGUCAAUUGAAACGGAGACUAUUUAUCCUACAUGGAUCUAUACAAUAUCUGGUUCCGGACCUGACUCCAGCACUGUGGUGGACUUAUCAACACUGAACCCAACCCUGGUGACUGUGACCCUGACAACUAAGCUGUCGACGACUAAGCAAGACACCACGAUAUCGACGAGCUCUGCACCAGUUACCUCAAAGCCCCCAAUCUUGACUCUGAUCACAACCUCACCAAGUCCAAUAGGGGACUUGCCUAUUUCGGCAACUUCGGAAUCCUUCGAUCCCUCAUGGCAUUCUGAUGCUCCCGGCAGCACGUGGACUCCACCAGUUUCAUUAACUAGCUCGAGUAUAUCUUCUUCAUCAGUGCUUGUCUUUCCGGGGACAGCUACUAGCUCCAUGAGCUCCAUCAGUACCUCGGCCAGCUCGAGCAACGCACCAUCAGAUACACCUACAGUCUCGCCAUUCGUCGGAACUGCCACGAGUGCAACCUCUUCGGAAACAGCCCAAGAUAAGCAUCCAAGCCCCACAUCCUCCAAAACUGGAACGAUAGUUGGGAGCAUCAUCGGAGGAUCAGCAAUCACGAUCUUCGCCCUGCUAGCCUGCGCACUCUAUAUCCGUCGUCGUCGACGGAAAAUAGCAACAGAGCUCCUGGGCAUCAGGCAAAAACUCAUACGAACCGGUUCAGCGAGCUCGUCAAUUAGCUACCAUCACCGUUACCACUCCUACCCCUCGAUUCCAGGCAACAUCGGCCUGCGAUCACCCAUACUCCCAGUCAUCCCGCUGCAACAGCAGCCCUCAAAUCCAGAUUUAUCUCUAGACAGCAUGUAUCUGCGCGGUGAGAGAACAGCACAGGGUCCCUUUACAACACCAUCCACAAUCAUCGAGAUCUCAGCACCAUCUCGUUCAGUCUCGCUCUACUCGACUUCUUCCCGUGGCGUCGGGCGAGGUGGGCAAGGGUACUGGGACUGUGAGCGUGACGGUGUGGAUGCCCUCGCUAUACCGGAUGGAUAUUCGGAUACGCCUAUGAUGCGUGAUAGCAUGCGCAGUGACCCCUUCGAUCUUGAUCUGGAGCCUCCGCCGAAUGCUCACCAUCGACGGUCUUCUGCUCCUUCGAUCCCGACUACGUGGGGUGUCAAGUUUUAG